CACGCACUGAGCUCCCGGGCGCCCCCUAUCGUGUGCUGUACCCCAAAGCCCCGCCCGCCGGCCAAUGCGCGGAGGCUGACGACACGUUCCCGGACUCUGAUUGGCCGUCGGGCGGGAGGCCCCGCCCCGGACGGCGCGUUACGCAGCGCGGCGGUUGGCGGCCACGGCCCGUCUGCGGAGGAGCGACGCGCUUGGGGACCGGGAGGUGCCGGGCGAGCCCGGUUGUGCCACCGCAGCAUGUCGGAGGGCGAGUCCAAGCAGGUGCCGAGCAGCGGCUCCGACUCCAAACCAGAGUCCGCGUCGUCAGGCCCGGGCAUGACCUCGGUGUCUGCGCCGGUGGCCUCCGCGGCGCCGCCGGAGGAGGAGGAGGAGGAGGAGAGCGAGGACGAGUCCGAGAUCCUCGAAGAGUCGCCGUGCGGCCGGUGGCAGAAACGGCGCGAGGAGGUGAACCAGCGCAACGUCCCCGGCAUCGACAGCGCCUACCUGGCCAUGGACACCGAGGAGGGCGUGGAGGUCGUGUGGAACGAGGUUCAGUUCUCCGAGCGGAAGAACUUCAAGCUCCAGGAGGAAAAAGUUAAAGCGGUAUUUGACAACUUAAUUCAGCUGGAACAUCUGAACAUAGUGAAGUUUCACAAAUACUGGGCUGAUGUGAAGGAGAAUAAGGCCAGGGUGAUCUUCAUCACUGAAUAUAUGUCUUCGGGGAGCCUGAAACAGUUCCUGAAGAAGACAAAGAAAAACCACAAAACUAUGAAUGAGAAGGCCUGGAAGCGGUGGUGCACCCAGAUCCUCUCUGCUCUCAGCUACCUCCACUCCUGUGACCCCCCAAUCAUCCACGGGAACCUGACCUGUGACACCAUCUUCAUCCAGCACAACGGACUCAUCAAAAUUGGGUCAGUGGCGCCGGACACAAUUAACAACCACGUGAAGACCUGUCGUGAGGAGCAGAAGAACCUGCACUUCUUUGCCCCAGAAUACGGAGAGGUUGCCAAUGUCACCACUGCCGUGGACAUUUACUCCUUUGGGAUGUGUGCCCUGGAGAUGGCGGUGCUGGAGAUCCAGGGUAACGGGGAGUCGUCGUACGUGCCGCAAGAGGCCAUUAACAGUGCCAUCCAGCUGCUGGAGGACGCCCUGCAGAGGGAGUUCAUCCAGAAGUGUCUCGAGCAGGACCCCGGCAAGCGUCCCACUGCCCGGGAGCUGCUCUUCCACCAGGCGCUGUUCGAGGUGCCAUCGCUGAAGCUGCUGGCCGCUCACUGCAUCGUGGGGCACCAGCAUAUGAUUCCUGAAAAUGCUCUAGAAGAAAUGACCAAAAACCUCGACAUGAGUGCAGUGCUGGCAGAGAUCAAUCACGAGGACAGGGAAGGAGUCAAGAUGAUCUUCUCUCAGUCUCCAGCGCUGGAGCUGGACAAGUUUCUGGAGGAUGUCAGGAACGGCAUCUACCCGCUCACGGCGUUCGGGAUGCCGCGGCCCCAGCAGCCCCAGCAGGUGGUGGUGAAAUCUCCCAUCGCUCCGCCGUCGGUGAAGACGCCGACCCCCGAGCCCGCCGAGGUGGAGACCCGCAAGGUGGUGCUGAUGCAGUGCAACAUCGAGUCGGUGGAGGAGGGAGUGAAGCACCACUUAACGCUGCUGCUGAAACUGGAAGACAAGUUGAAUCGACACUUGAGCUGUGACCUGCAGCCCAGUAAGUACCGUUCCUCCCCUGCUCCUUGCGCUCAGAGCGCGGCUCACACCCGUCCCUGUGUUGCAGAUGACAACAUCCAGGAGCUGGCAGCAGAGCUGGUGCAGCUGGGGUUCAUCAGCGAGGCUGACCAGAGCAGACUUACCUGUUUACUUGAAGAGGCUUUCAGCAAGUUCUACUACACCCGGAACGGAGCCCUGACGGCCGUCACCGUCUCUUCUUAGCGGCCUCGGCCCAGGCGGCCAGCGCGGCUUCGCUGCCCGCGCCCCCUCCCGCGCGUCCAUCGCCGUCGGGCCUCCGCCAGCCCCAGCUGCAGCGCUUGGAAGCUCGUCCUGCAUGUGCCGUGGCUGGGCCAGCGACAAUCCUCCCGCCCGCCUAUUAAAGGGGACUUUGUGCAUCAGUAUUAUUCCCAGCCCUGUUUCUGUUGGGGUUUGCCAGGUGGUGCCGGGGAGCCGGGUCCUGGCUCGGGCUGCCUGCAGCCCCCCUCGUUCAUGUGCAUGGAGUUUGUUCUGUUUGAAUUGUACAAAGUGUCUUUUGCACAGCACAGAGUUGUUUUUCUUCGUUUUCUUUUUUAAUUUAAAGGUGAGCGGGCGGCCCUCAGCCCCGCCCCCCGCCCCGGCUCCGCUCCUCCGCCCCCGGGGCAGCCGGGGCCGCCCCCGCCGCUUGGCCGCCUGCGCUGCUCGGCUGCACUUUGUUUACUGGUUUCGCCCCGGCGGCGCGGGCUGCGGGUCCCGCUGCGGGCCCGGCGCUCCCGGCGCGGCUCUGCGGGCACGGGGGUGCGCGGCGGGGGAGCCCGCGGGGGCGGCGCCGCUCCUGCAUCUCAUUUCUAUCAUUUCCUAUUUUUAAUAAACUGUUUUGUAAAUA